AUGGCAACGCUCGCACGGAGAAGAGGCAAGGAGACAGAGCAACCAAUCGUCGUAGCCCUAGCAGCUCCAAUGGCGGACUCCGACGACGCGCCGCCGGCCCCGGCCGUGCACCGCCGCCCGCCGCGCCCCGCCCGCGGUGCUGCCGCUGCCCAGGGCUUCGCGGCCGCGUUGCGCCGCCGGCUGAGCUCCGGCGCCGCGGCCGCGGCGCGCGCCAGCUUCGCGGCAGACUCCGGGGACGAGUCCGGCCCCGGGGAGCCCUCUUCGUCCCGCCGCCGCGACAACGGCGGGGACGCCUCGUCCGCCGGCGGCGGCCAGGGCGGGGCGGGGGACUUCCCCGCUUUCACGUUCCGCGCCGCGGCUCCUGUCCACCGGAAAGCCAAGGAGAGCCCCCUGAGCUCCGACGCUAUCUUCAAGCAGAGUCAUGCAGGCCUUUUCAACCUAUGUAUUGUUGUUCUGGUUGCAGUGAAUAGCAGGCUCAUUAUUGAGAACCUGAUGAAGUAUGGCUUAUUAAUAAGGUCUGGCUUUUGGUUUAAUGCUACAUCAUUGCGAGACUGGCCACUGCUAAUGUGUUGCCUUAGUCUACCUGUGCUUCCCCUUGGUGCAUUUGCAGUCGAAAAGUUGGCAUUCAACAAUCUCAUUACUGAUGCUUCUGCUACCUGUUUUCACAUCCUUCUUACAACAUCUGAAAUUGUAUAUCCAGUGCUCGUGAUUCUUAAGUGUGAUUCUGCAGUUUUAUCAGGCUUUGUGUUGAUGUUUAUUGCCUGCAUUGUUUGGCUGAAGCUUGUAUCUUUUGCACAUACAAACCAUGAUAUAAGAAAACUGAUCACAAGCGGCAAGAAGGUUGAUAAUGAACUGACCACGUCUGACAUAGAUAAUUUACAAGCUCCAACUCUUGGGAGUCUAACAUACUUCAUGUUGGCUCCGACACUCUGUUAUCAGCCAGGUUAUCCUAGAACACCUUAUGUUAGAAAAGGUUGGCUGGUUCGUCAAGUUAUUCUAUACUUGAUAUUUACUGGUCUCCAAGGAUUCAUUAUUGAGCAAUACAUAAAUCCUAUUGUUGUGAACUCUCAACAUCCAUUGAAGGGAGGAUUACUGAAUGCUGUAGAGACUGUUUUGAAGCUCUCAUUACCAAAUGUCUACCUGUGGCUUUGCAUGUUCUAUUGCCUUUUCCAUCUAUGGUUAAACAUACUUGCUGAGACUCUUCGAUUUGGUGACCGUGAAUUCUAUAAAGACUGGUGGAAUGCAAAAACAAUUGAUGAGUACUGGAGAAAAUGGAACAUGCCUGUGCAUAAAUGGAUGGUUCGUCAUAUUUAUUUUCCUUGCAUGCGAAAUGGUAUAUCAAAGGAAGUUGCUGCUUUUAUAGCGUUCUUUGUUUCUGCUGUACUUCAUGAGUUAUGUGUUGCUGUUCCCUGCCACAUACUCAAGUUCUGGGCUUUCUUAGGAAUCAUGCUUCAGAUUCCCCUCAUCAUAUUGACAUCAUACCUCAAAAAUAAGUUCAAUGACACAAUGGUUGGCAAUAUGAUCUUUUGGUUCUUUUUCUGCAUAUACGGGCAGCCAAUGUGCGUUCUAUUGUAUUACCAUGAUGUGAUGAACCGGACUGAGAAGACAAAAUAA